CGGGGGUAACGUUGCCGUUAAUAUAAUUAUCUGUACCUCUUUCCUUACUAACUCGCCUAUCUCCCUUAACUUGGGCCGGAAAUCCGCCCUACUAUCUAACGUAGUAUAGUACUCGUCGACAACAAUUCUCUCUAACCGCUACUGGCUCCUUAACCGCUCUAAAUAAUCGCUAAACGUCUUGGUUAUAGCCGCCUCUAGGGUAAUGAAUACGAUGGACGUAUCUCUACUAGGUGGCCGCCGGCUAUCCUAUUCUACCGCGGAAAUACCUGCUCUGCGACACCUUUCCGCUAUGUUCUCUCGUAACGAUAUUAAUGGAACUACGAUAACUGUCGUGCCUGGCUCGCUGGUGCUAGCGGUAUAUAUAGCCGGAACUAUAAAAACUAUACUCUUACCGCCGUCUGUGCCUAUUACUACUAACACGGGGCUGCGGCCUUUAAUAACCGCCUUAAUAGCCUACUCCUGUACCCCUCUAAACUCGGCAUCCUGCUGGCCGGCUACCUGGCGUAAUAUCUAUAACCGGUCGACUAUCUUGACCCGCUUCUACCGCCUAAACUGCGUGUCUAUAGCCUCGGCUGUUACCGCCGCGGGCCGCUUCCUGCGUAAUUGCUAUAACGUAGACGCGUGCUCCUGGAAAUAAUGGAACCUAACGCUAGCCGCCCUAUACCGCUCUAUUAUAGACCGAAUCUCGUCUACGGCCUCUAAUAUUAACCGGCUAUAAAUUGCGCCCGCCAUACGCGUGCUAUAGCAGAAUAUUAAAUCCUAUGUAUAGUCCUUCUCUUCUCCUCCCUCGCCUUCUCCUUCUUCUAACUCGGCCUUGCCGGCUCCGUCGGCGUCGAAAUAGUGGUCCCCCUUAAUAUAUUUAUUGCCUAUAGCCUGGAUGCACUAUCGGUACGUAGCCAUACUCAACGGCACCCCCAUUCCGAUCUUGCUCUCGUUGACUAACGACUUGCGGAACCGGUUCUCCGUCUACUUUACUGUACCUGGGCCCUCCUUGCUCUAAAUAUAACCGUGUUCCUCUGGCGGCCUAUCCUUCUCUUUAUAUGCGACGGCUAACUGCCGUUCGAACGGAAUUACUAACUAUAUAUAAUAAAACAAUAACUCGCCUACCUCGCGCG